GCUAUUUUGUGAUAGGCCUACGUUUUUAUUUAUUAAAGAAAGAACUAAAAGUUACAGACUGAAACUGAAGGUUGGAACAAUAUUACAAAAAUACAUUAUGUAACCUAAAUAACAGUAAAACGUAAGAAAGAAAGAUGAUUUUAAUAGCGAAACUAGGCGGUGACGUCACUUUGCGCGUUAAAGAGACGCGUCGCGUUUCUCCUCUAUAUAUUUCUAUCAUAUUUUCUUCCCCUCGUUUCGUGAUCAUUUUCAAUUUAUACAAUUACCUUUCGCCGUGUAGCAACGUCAGUGUCUUAAUUACGGUCAAUUGUAAUGAAUGUAAGCGAGAAGAGGGCUUGAUUAGCUCUUAAUUGGCUUCAGUUGUUGGUUUGACUGAGUGAAGCGAUGCUCUCAAACGCCAACACUCUGCCGAAGCUGUAUCUGUCCGUCAUCGAUGAUGUGAUGGACAGUGUGAGAGAGCUGUUCUGUGAUGAAGGAGUGGACGAGCGAGUGCUGGACACCCUCAGACAGCUCUGGGAGUCAAAGGUCGUGCAGUCUAAAGCUGUGGAGGGUUUCAUUAAAGACAACAAUCCAUCCAAUUUUGUUCUGCAGCUGCCAUCAAACUACACACAGACUCUCCAUAAACCCACCGUUGUCAUUCCAGCUGCUCAGAAUGUGCAGAAUUUCUCCUCUAAAGCAAACAACUGUGGCUCUGUUGCCACAUUCUCUCUGCCUCCUGGAAUAACGUAUCCGGUCCAGAUUCCCGCUGGCGUCACGCUGCAGACGGCCUCAGGACAUUUCUACAAAGUCAAUGUUCCUGUAAUGGUCACGCGAGGAGGUCAGCAUGUCCUGACCCGACCUGCUUCAAACCUGGUCUCUCAUCCCGUGGCCGUUUCUCGCAGCAUCCCGGCCCAUCUGUCUGUUCCGUGUCCUCCAGCGCCAUCUGGUUGUGUGGUGUCUGAGACACUGCCAAAUCCUCCGCAGCCAUCGCCCCAUCAGCUCUGUCAACAAACUGAUGACAAACCCUCCCCAUCAGCCUCUGACAGUCAGAGCGAGUUCACCCUCGAUGGCAUUGAGUUCAGCCCACAGCCCAUCGACAUGAGUGCCUCAUCGUUCUUCACUCCGCCAGCACAGGGGCCGCGCUCGGAUUAUACCAGGAAUGUGAUCGAAACGGCCUUAAAAGAGCCAGAUGGAGUAGAUGAUGAAUCGACUGCUCUUCCAGAUUUGCAGGCUAAAACUAGUCAUGACAUUAAGCUUGAGACGGAGCUCCAGACGGACAUCAACUUCAACCAGCUGGUGGACAUCGCACAACUGGAUGGAGUCGCUGACAGCAGCUCCGACACUGAGGAAGAUGACGACGACGAUGAUGAUGAUGAUGAUCUGGGGCUCGUUGGAGAGAAUGAGUUUCUGGGAAUGAUCAAUGGCAAUGGGGAGGAGGAGUUGGAAGAGGAAGAGGAUCCGCUGAACUCCGGAGAUGACGUGAGUGAUCAGGAUAUCCCAGAGAUCUUCGACACUGAGAAUGUCAUCGUUUGCCAGUAUGACAAGAUUCACCGUAGUAAGAACCGAUGGAAGUUCUACUUGAAAGAUGGAGUGAUGAGUUACGGAGGGAAAGACUAUGUUUUCUCGAAGGCUGUGGGAGAGGCGGAGUGGUGAAGGACAGAAUUUACUCAUUUAUUACAGCUUUCUUUUCCUUAUCUUUCAUAAUAGUUAUUAUUUACACAAUCUGAAGAUUGUUUGUUUUUCUUGAGUUUGUGACAUUUGAUACUGUAUUCUGAUACAGAAAUGAAUGACGCUUAUUGAAUAAGAAAUGUUCAGAUAGAAUAAAUCUUUUUUUUUUAUUUUUUUUUUUAUGUAUUUCCAUCUGAAUAUCAGUGGAGAUGUAGUUUUCAUUAUAUAAGAUUCCUUGUGGUUUUUUUUUGUUGUUGUUAUUUUUGAAACUGUGGACUUUUAAAACAAACAUUAAAAUGCUGUUUUCGGAUCAGACUUUCUCCCAGCUCAGAAUCUGAUCAGCUGACUGGACGGUGAUGAAACACUGCUAUAAAGAUGUUCAAGUCUGCAUCAGGAAAUGUUUGAAUUAUACUGAACUCAACAGAAUUAUAUUGAUUGAUUAUAUUGAAUUAUACUGAUAACUCGAUAGAUAUUUACUUUCUCCAGUUAUUGUAUAUAAAUGUUCUGAAUAUAAUGCUGCUGGUAUUGAUCAUGUGUGUUUUCUUUACAACAAAAUAAAAUAAAGCAUUUAAAAAGG